UUAAGAAUUACACGUGAGGAAACGUCUCGCAGGCGUGACCGUUUCCCCAUUUCAAGAGAAACCGGAAGUGAAAAGAAUAUUUGUUGCGGAAAGAAAUUCCCGGGAGCUGAGCAAAGUGGUGAAGGCUGCAAUGAGUCGAAUUUAUCAAAACACAGCGCUACAGAAUAAACCUGUAAAUAAUGAGAAAAUAGACAGCGAGUGGCAGCCCUCAGCCUAUCAGAGUGGUCCAGGUGUAAUUUUAGAGGGUCAGCUGAUUGAUGUGUCACGUCACGUAAUUACAGAUGCCCGCAAUGAAAAGGAACGGUAUUAUGUUCUGUACGUUAAAACCGGUCGCGUUCAUCGAAGGAAGUUCGACGCGAAAGGGAAUGAGAUCGAGCCAAACUUCAGCGAAACCAGGAAGGUGAACACAGGCUACCUGAUGUCAUCUUUCAAGGUGGAGGCGAAAGGUGUGACGGACCGCAUGUCGGAGGAGGAGCUGAAGGCGGUGGUGAAUAAGGCGGAGCUUCUGAAGGUAACAGAGAGCCACGCCCCAAGCCAGACCGUCGCAUUCUGGCUCCCAGAGGGGGAGAUGCAGAAGACCGAGCUGGAACCGGGCCAGGAGAUCCGUCUGAAGACCAAAGGAGAUGGACCGUUCAUUUUUUCCCUGGCCAAACUGGAUGGGGGCACUGUGACUCGGUGUAACUUUGCGGGAGAUGAACAAGCCGGAGCCUCUUGGACGGACAAGAUAAUGGCGAACAAAGGUGGCGGGGGGAGUGGGACGAAGGCGGGCGGUCAGGGCGAUGGUGCUGAGGACGACGAGUGGGAGGACUGAAAUGGAUGUCACGCCUCUGGGUUCCCACAGGAAAGGAGCACACGGCUCCUGUUUCUUAACCUUUGGAUGCUGCUGUGCUACCAACACUUAUCUCUCGCACUAAGUGCCGGGCACUGAGGAAGAGGAGCCACAGAUUCCAAAGGAGUUUUCCAGUUACAUUCACAGUACAUUAUAGUACGCCAACUUAUUAGAUAUCAGCUUAGUUUAUUAAAGCCUGUAUCACCUUAUCCUUAAUGAUUGUUUUUUUUCUACUAUUACUGCCAUAAAAAUUCUUUAUAAGAUAUCUGUUCUGGUUGCCAUGUCAAAAUCUUCAAAAAGCAGUUUGAAGCAUUUCUUACCAGAUGUGUAUGUAUUUGGACAUAUGUUCCUGAAUGCCUAGCUUUCACCCUAUGCGGUAAAGCGCACAGCCCUGACCGUAACUACUGUGCAAAUCUGUUUGGUGACAGCUUGCAAUAAUCAUAAAAGCCUUAUCUUGACUUUAUUAUUAAGUUACAGCUGGGCACUGUCCUCACAUGAUUCAACAUGCAUCAUGCUUUUCUUUUUAUUGAUUUUGUUAGAAGAUGUAACAGACUCCAAAAGGGGACUAUGAG